AUGGGCCAACAGAACUUGAGGCCAUGGAAUCCCGACCUGGUGGCCGAGUUGGUGAUGCGACAGUUGGGGGCAGAAAGAGCGGUGCCAUUAUCCCUAUUGUUUUCUCCUUUCUCCGUUAUCUCUCGAUCUUGUCGAGCCCCGGCACGCCAUUGCCUGACGACCCUUUUAGAGAAACCACCCAGGUGUGAAACACUGGUAGAGUUCCAUAUUGGAUGCCUUCAUAAUUUCAGAGUUCCUUCUUUGGUCUCUCUUCCAAAUCUGAAGGUCUUAACUCUAGAUGAUGUUGGAUUUGGGGAUUCAUUGGAGAAGCUGCUUUCACUUCCUUCCCUCGAGGAGGUGUCUCUUAAAGCUUGCAGGUUCCACGAAAUCAAGGUUUUGAAUAUUGGUGCUCCCAAUCUUUUGAAAUUCUUCAUGACUGACUUACCUAAGGAUUUCAGUAGACGCGGCCAAGUACGGAUUCAUGCAGCUAGAAUCAAAUCCUUACGUUAUUUUGGUCCAUAUGACCGUAACCUUAACAUAUCAUGUCCAUCGUCGCUCGUUGAAGCUGUCAUUGUAGCAUUUCAAGCGCAGGAACAACCUGAUCAGUAUGCCAACCAUGUGUUUAAGCUCUUAAAGGAGCUUUCUAACAUAGAACAUCUCACUUUAUAUCUCGACCGCCUUCAGGUUAUGGAUGAGAGAAAAGAUCUCCUUGACUCUUGUCCGGUCUUUCUUAGCCUCACCCAGUUGAAGUGGUACAUCUCUCCAAUGUACUUAGGUCUUAGUGUACUUCAGAUCAUGCUCAGCCAAUGUCCUUGUCUGAGGAGUCUUGUGUUUGUGUUUUGCGAGAAUGGAUAGCUGGACGCUGGACCCAGUGCCUCGGUGUUUUCUGUCAUCGCUUAAAGAGAUCGGGAUUUGCUACUUCACCGCAGUUGAUACCGAACUCUUAGCUGUGAGAGUUUUACUCGGGGCUGCUGAAGUUUUGGAGAAAUUGUUUAUACAUUGUUCUCGGGGCUAUAUGAAGAAAUUUCGAGGGUUGAUGAAGCGUUUGAUGAAACUUCCUCGGGCUUCAAAUCAAUGCUCAAUUUCGGUAGAUUUUAGGGAGAAAUGCGGUGCAUGCUCUUCUACGGGUUUAUUUAGAUAAUCUAGCUGUCUUUGCUGAAAUGAGAACAUUUUCCUGAAGGAGGACAUCCAUCAUGUGGCUGUAGGUGAAAUCAUGCUCUCAUCAAUAUUUCUCAAGUUCGCCAUUUUGGAAGACACAUACACUGUUUCUAUCUUUUUCAUGACGUCAUCAAAAUAGAUCGUCCAUUCUUCAGACAUAGCUUACACAAAACAAGAAUGUUAAUUUGAGGGAUCAUUGAUACCAAUUAUCAUGUCGAUGUUGUGGCGAUCGCCACGUUAUUUACUGCUUUGAUCAAGACCUUUGGCCUCUGAAUUAUGGAGUUUGUUCAUAUUAUGGACGUGUUUAUUUAGCUAAAUGAUGAGGUAAAGCUUGUUUACGUGUGGCACUUU